AGUACGAUUGAACACCGUGUGUUUGAUUUAGUUAAUAUUUAUUUCACAUCUCUAAAAUAAGUGCAGUGCCGUAAUUUUGACAUUAUCGAUUAAAUCUUGAUAAAUUUUCCUAGAACUGUAAUAAAUAUUGUUAAUUUUCGUUUUGAAUUCAGUGAUGUAAUUGUUAUCAUUGUUUGUAGUUGAUCUUGCCUGGAAAGUGGUAUCGGUGGUAUUUUCAAAAUAAUAUGAUUCCCUGGUCUAUCAGUUAGGCCAUAUGGAGGCGUGGCCGGGAUGAUGUAGCGAUGCCGCGGCGCAGGCGCAGGCUCGGCUCGCGCGUACGAAACUACGUCAGGGGUCUGUUGGCCUUCCUCUUCUCCAAUGUCGGCGUAGUUGUGUUGGUCGUGGCUUAUACGAUAGCCGGUGCUUUCAUGUUUCAAGCGAUAGAAGGUGCGAGUGAGAUGGAACGUGUCAACAAUAUGUCGAGGGAGAGAGACAACACGGCUCAGUAUCUCUGGCAGAAUGUGACGUUGACACUCAAUUUGUUCAACGAGACUGCUCUUAAGGAAAGUAUAAGCAAGGAGCUCCAGCAUUAUCAGCGGAAGAUAGUUGUAGCUGUACGGCGUGGUUGGGACGGCGGGCGCUCGUCCAGACAAUGGAGUUUUUCUUCAUCGUUCUUGUAUUCCCUAACCGUUAUAACCACGAUUGGAUAUGGUCACCUCAGUCCUCGAACGAGCUGGGGCAAGAUUAUGACGAUCUUCUACGCUCUGCUGGGGAUGCCGCUGUUCCUGCUGUACCUCAGUAAUGUUGGUGAGCUGUUAGCUAGUUGGUUCAAGUGUAUAUACGCGUUGGUGUGUCUCUGUAGAGGCUGUCCAGGGUUCUCGAGGAGACGAGUGGUGCAUCUGCGACCGCAGCUAGAAAUAAGUGAUGCGGAGAGUAUAGAAAGACCACCAGGCUGGAGGUCGGGAUACACUGAUUCUGACGUGACUCCGGAGUACAGAAUCCCUUCGCGUCCUCCCGAUUAUUUCCAAAGACGGGCUUAUUUGAGAAGUGUCUCAAUGCCGCAACCAUACUUGCCGCGUCCUCGACCUGAUGUCCGCGGCUGGUCGGAGCCCGUCUACCGAGACAGUUCAGACACGAGUGACUUCAGUUACGUUACUUUCGAUGCUCAAACCAUCACCGUCCCUAUCAGUGUGUGUGUGGCUAUCAUGGUGGGGUAUUUAAUGUUCGGGUCUAUGAUCUUCGGUCUAUGGGAGAAGUGGGACAAGUUAGACGGCGCUUACUUCUGCUUCAUAUCGCUCAGCAGUAUCGGUUUCGGCGACUUCGUGCCAGGAGAACGAGUCUACACGCCUCGUAUAGAGACUUCGUUUAUCGUUUGCUCACUGUAUCUCAUGCUGGGCAUGGCGUUGGUUGCCAUGUGUUUUAACCUUAUGCAGGAGCAAGUAAUUCACUACUAUGCCGGUCUGAAGAGAGCUCUCAAGCGGAUCUGUCGAUGCAAGAGAUGACGUUACAUCAUAAUUAGUUUAGCUAAAACAUUGAAAAAUAUAUUUUAAAUAAAAUAUUACUUUAAAAGUAA